AUGGAUUGGUGCUCUUGGUUAUCAAAAGCUAACCUUGAGCCAUCCCUCACAUACGAGUAUGGUUUAUCUUUCACCCGCAAUGAGCUAGAGAAAGAGGAUCUGGUAUACUUUAACCACGAAUUCCUCAAGAGUUUGGGCAUCAAUGUAGCUAAACACCGCCUGGAGAUACUCAAGCUUGUCAGGAAGGAUGUUGGAGGAAACCUCAAUGGCCUUUCCAGGCUUGUGUUGGCAUUCAACAAAACUAAAAAGCUCUUCGUCAAGAAAGUCGGCAAGUGGGGCUUUCCCAGCAGGAAUUCGACUAAUCAUCACGCCCCUUCGUUGGAUAUGUGUACCUAUCCAACACCGUGGAGCGGAGCACUCAGGCGGUUUACUAGUGCAAAGGAGGACAAACCAGUGAUCGCAAGCAGGGAUGUGAUGAAAUCAGGGCCUUUAGAUAGCAGAGUGCAACAAGAGAAGAAGAUGAUGUUGACUAAUAAAUGCCUUAGUAUAUCGGGUCCUCUGGAUGGGAAGCUACAAGAUAGAUGGAUGCUCGCCAACUGGAGCCCGAUGAGACCCGGAGUCACUGAUGGAAAAGGAAGAGACAGGCAUGGGUAUGGAAACAGGAGUCCUGGCUUGUAUGCACCGUGGGAAGGAAGAGGUAUGAGCCCAAUGCGGAAUCACUAUUACGAGGGAAAGGUGGGGUAUGCUACUGAUGAUGGAGGUCCUUCACUAUGGUCCUUAAUGUUUCAAGAUUUGAAACCCAAUUGA